AUAUAAAAGCAGUAAUCAAGCCGAAGAUUUCAGAUCAUCUCACUGUCAUUUAGCAGAACGCAAGAUUGCGAGAUAACACAAGGACGUCAGAACGACUCAGAAGAUUAACACAUUACAGUCAUGGACUCUGAUAAGAAAACACUACCGCCAAUUGCAUUCCAGGGACCGGAGAAGCCUAUAGCUAAGUCUAACAAGAAGUAUUUCAUAGCUGCAGUGACAGUCGUGUUGAUUCUGGUCAUCACAUUGGGGGCAGUUCUUGUGACACUGAAAUUCACCCUUGGAUUUCCAAGCAACGGUAUCAAGGAGUACAAACUUCAAAGGAACAUCAUUGUGAAAGUUGACAUCGAGAAUGACAUAACAGUAGUUGAUCAUCCGGAAAAGGGCUACUCCGUACACAACGACUUUAACAUGGCUUUCUCUGUGCUGAAGCUCGGUUAUAACAAGACCUUCAUCUGCUACUUAAGCAGGCUCAGAAAGGGUGUCCUUUCUCCAGCAGCAAUGCAGAGUUAUUUGGAGCACCAUCCUGAUGGGGAAGAGAUAACAUCACACCGCAAGGACGUUGAUUGGCUACAUGUUAUGCCAGCCAAAGAGGAAAUACGUAACCGUGGAUUCCUAGGACAACAAGUACGAGAUACAUGCGCUGGUUCUCCAAUACACUGGCUUGUCCCUGCAGGUGAGGAAGAUCCAGAUGAUGAGGACGAGGCUAGUGAGCCUGAUGAAGAUGAUGAGAUGACUGGAAAUUCUCACAAUGUAACAUUAGUGAGAGAGAAAAGGCACGGCAAGUCCUACAGCAUAUACAAGUGCGACUGCACUAGUAGCAGCGGCAGUAGUAGCAGCUGCAGUAGCAGUAGUAGCAGCGGCAGUAGUAGCAGCGGCAGCAGCAGUAGCGGUGGUAGCAGCAGGGAACGCACGGAUAGAUGCUACAGUCGUAAAACCGAAUGUCGCUGCUACUUAGAAGGGUCUUACUGCUGCAUUGGGUGCUGCAACCCCGGCUGUGGGUCAGCUCCAUGCUGCUAUUCUUCAGGCUGUCACUGUUCUCGCGGUAAAUACGAUAGUUCAAGCGACUCAAGUGACUAG